AUGGAAAUUGAUUUCAAUCCGAAUAUUCGUCUGCAAUCAACUUUUUAUCAUGUUCCGGGUUACGAGUCUGAUAUUCAUGCUCUAACGUCUCCCAUUCCGCCCUUCCAUCGAUCCGGUUCCUUAUCCACAACAUGCGACACGUUCGAACGGGAACAGCUACUGCAAUCGGAAGCGUACUACGGGCGACUUCCUGUGGUACUCGUUCAUGGUAUGGUGGUUGCUAGCAGCUACUUGCAUGAUCUCGGGAGACAUCUUGCGCCGUGGUUUCGCGUUUUCAUCCCCGACUUACCUGGGUUCGGGCGUUCCUCCAAAGCAAUACAGAAGUGUGAUAUUGUCUCCAUAAGCCAACUAGCUCAAGGACUGCAUGAUUGGAUGGACGUGGCAGGAAUAAGGAAGGCGCAUCUUGUCUCCAAUUCCUUGGGCUGUCAGAUUCUUGCAGAGUUCACUCGUCGCUGGCCGGACAGGGUUGAUCGGCUUGUUCUGCAGGGUCCCACGGUGGAUACAAGCCAUCAAUCGACACUCAAGACUCUGCUUGCAUCCGCCGCGAACAGUAGGAACGAACCGAUGUCAAUGAGCCUAAUCUCAUUGCAAGAUUAUUGGCGCGCUGGACUGCGUAGGGCUUUCGCUUUAUUCCGUGCAACGGCGGAAUACCGCAUCUUGGAUGCACUGCAGGAAGUGAAUAAUCCAACGUUACUGUUGAGUUGUGAACUGGAUCCAAUCACGCCUUGCAGAUGGGUUGCGGAAUUGUCAGAAAAAAUGCCUAAUGCAGUACAUUAUGUUCUUAAAAAGGCUGCCCACACUGCAAAUUACUCGGCGACAGAAAUAAUGUCUCGGAGCGUCUUGCGCUACCUGCUGAUCCAGGAUGAUGAGGAGAUCGGACGGGCGGGGAGAGAUAUUCUCGAGCGUGUGACGAGAAUAAACCAGAAAAGGGAAGCAGCGGCAAAGCAGAGAUACCAUUUAGCUGGAUGGCAAUUGGCGCUCGGAUUCUUUACUGGCUUCGUUAUGUGGAAGUGUUCCAUCGGCAGAUGGAAGUCCAUUUCAGGAUUCCUGCCGAUGGAAAUAAUGAUCCUCUAUCAAUACUCAAAGAUAGCUCCGUUCCUCUCCUUGGAUCGCUCAGCAGAUUUGGACCGCGUAUAUGUCAAGCUGCAGGGGGUCGCUGACUUUGACUCAGCAUCUUCUAUGCUUCGCGCAAUUGGGCGUCACUUAAAUUUCCGAGACUUCCCCCAACUUGGCAUCCCAACAUCUUUGGCUCCAGCUAUGCCACUCAUCAACUGGCUACCAUCAUACCUACGUGAUACGAUAUUCUCCACGCUCGGCGCCCACGAAGCUGCAGGUGACGUUGCCUCGACAUUUGAGGCAGAAAGUAUCACUGAAUCAGUUGCUGCGCACUUUCCAGCGCAUCGAAAAUAUCCUGCUGUGGCCAUUGGAAGCACUAACGGCGCGUUGACGCAUCUCUACGCAAUGAUGGGCAUUCCGUGGCUUCCCCAAACACUUCUCAUGCCUGUUAAGCGACCAAAGAGCGCGGCAUUUAGACAGGGCCAGCUUGAUAUGACAGCAGAAAUGGAGUGGGGAAGGAGUGUAGGGCAGGAAUUGCUGCGGAGGAACCCAGGAAUCGAACUAUACCACAUGGCGGAUCCGAACCAGGACCAGUUGAUGAUUCGCCAUAUGGCGUACUUCAGGUUGAAAUUCAUAAAGAUGACUGAAGCAUACAAGAAUUUCCUUUUGAGCGCAUUGGAACCGAAUGGGACGAUCAUACUCGUUCGGUGCGGAUCGAAAUGGCCGUCCACAAAGGUCGCUAAUCGCCAUUACUUCCAGAGCGGAGCGGUUGGAGGUAUAACUUCAAAAGAAUUUCUCCGAGGGUCGACUAAUGUGAAGGAAUUUGUGGAAUCAGAAAAGUCCCCGUUGACGAAAAUGGCUGGCACAGUAAUGGGGAAGGAAUAUAAGACGGACUGGAACGCCCCGCCAUCUAACUGUGAAGCCCCCGAAGCAGAAUGGGGCUAUGCAGACGGCUUGACUAAUGAUAUCGUCGAGUUCGCAAAGGAGCAUGGCUUUAAGAUCAAGUAUCUUGACUACGAUCAUCCUGAAGAUGCCAGUCCUGUCGUUGCUGAUGCGGAUCGCCAAUGGAAGGAGCAACUGCGCCGUCCAAUUGAUUCAAUUCUCGUCGAUAGUUUCAUUCUAAUGGAGCCGUGGUUGGCUAUCAGGUACAACCUGACGCCGUUUUGGACGAUGUUUCCUGUUAGACCAUCAUUUGAGCGGCUCCAAGAGUAUCUGAAAAUGUGUCAGGGGAAGGAGUUCAAAAACGGUUUCGCGUUUCUGUUUUGCUCUGGUGCUCACUCUAUUGGACUCCCGAGAUUGGCUGAAUGGAAGGGGUUGUUAGAGAACCACUUUGCAUCGCAGGACAUGGACAAGCUGAGGAAUAAGAAAAUUUUGUUGGGAACAGACGAGAAUGUGUUUCCGAAAGACUUUGGCUUUCCUGCGCGGUAUCAAGUUGAAUUGGCAAGGGCGGUCGGUGAAGAAGGACAAUAUGUGAUGCCGCCCAGUUUAGCGCUUGGUGACUUCGAACAUUACAUGCAGAAUAGUCAUCGUUAUGGUGUAUAUUAUACGCCUUAG